AUGGAACUCAGCUCCCAACCCACUCGGUCGCCUAAUAGCUCGUGUGGAGCUGGUACACCCACCCGGUCGCCUGCAAAGCCAAGUCAUACCAGCCUCCAGCGCUCUCCAAGCAAGACUCCAAUGUCAGCAGAAGUGCGCGCACGGAUAGAGGAGAAUCGGAAACGAGCGCAGGAAAUCAGAUCAAGAAAACAACAAUUGGAAAGGAGCAAGGAGCAAGCAGCUCUGGAGGCCAACAGACGCGCCGCUGGAGAACAAUAUUUGAAAGAGUUCGGGAUCGGAUCCACAUCAAAACAAACGCCGCAUUCUUCGUCAACUAAUUCCAACUUCAAGACUCUUGAGGAACUCAAUCAUGCAAUUGAACUUGAUCCUAACUUCUUGUUGCAACCUAAACUGCCGCCUCAGCCAUAUUCUCCAGACCCGAGAUGUUCAGAGGAACAGCUGAAAGUGCUGGAUUUGGUUAAACUUGGGCGCAAUGUAUUUUUCACUGGAUCAGCUGGAGUGGGAAAAAGUUUUAUGCUCCAUGAGGUGGUACGGAUGCUAAAAUCUGACAAACGUCGCGUUAGUGUCACUGCACCCACGGGAAUCGCCGCGCUGGCCAUUGGCGGCUGUACAAUCCAUUCUUGGGCGAAGGUUGGACUUGGUCACGGCUCUGUGCAUACAAUCUACAACAAGCUCAUCGGACAAAAGCUUAAAAGUGAAAGAUUUGAUCGAGACGGCGACAGUAACCGUAUAUGGAAUACAGAUGUGCUUAUAAUCGAUGAGGCCUCCAUGCUACAUCCAGAUCUUUUUGAGAAAAUUUCGAUUCUGUGCCAGGCCAUCCGCAAAAUAAAGAAGCCAUUCGGUGGAAUCCAAAUCAUCCUCUCUGGCGACUUCUUCCAGUUACCUCCAGUGACCAAAGAUGACGACUUCACUUGCAUGUAUUGUGGAUGUCCAAAAUUCGAACGAGUGGGGUCUAGUGGCAAGAUACGAUGCGUCAAGCCUCUUCACAAGAAAUGGGACGACAAGCCCUGUGGUCGAAUCCGAAGAGAGUACACCUUCUGCUUCGAAACAACAACAUGGCGGCAGCUCAACCUUCAAGUAAUCGAACUUACCAAGGUUUUCAGACAAGAAGAUAAACAUUUCAUUGAUAUGUUAAAUAAGAUCCGUUGGGGCACAGUCGAUGAUGAGAUUGAAAGAAUCGCAGUGUCGCGUAGCCAGCCUCUUGAAGCACAUGAGAUUAAGCCAACUCGUCUAUAUGCCAGGAAUCUCAACGUGCACUCGGAGAACGCGAAACAGUUUAAUCUACUGGACAGCAAACCGUACGAAUUUUCUGCGACAGAUCAGACCAUGGGCAACGCUUCUUACGCCCAUACAUUUCUGUCUCGACUAGACGAUUUGCAGGCCCGCAAAAAGUUAACAUUGAAAAUCGGGGCCCAAGUGAUGCUUUUGUGUAAUCUGGAUAUUAAAAGUAGACUGGUGAACGGAUCACGUGGUGUGGUAAUUGAUUGGGUAGAAAGCCCGAGUUACCAGUUAUCAUCCGUGUUGUCACAACAGCGAGACCCAGACGACAUGAAAAAACUAUAUUGGUGCUCGAAGCAACCCCACAGGUGUUUACCUAAGGUAUUGUUUUCGGAUGGCCGCGUCAUGUUGAUUGAACCGUUCGUGUGGAGCAUCGAAAUCGAUGCAUCGUUGACACUAUCUCGUACCCAAUUGCCACUGUCACUGGCGUGGGCAAUUACAAUUCACAAGUCUCAGGGCCAGACUCUUGAUAGACUAUGCGUCGAUUUAUUUGGGAUUUUCGAACAUGGUCAAGCCUAUGUUGCCCUUUCCAGAGCCAGAAGUUUAGAUGGACUACAAAUCACUGGGUGGAAAUCGACUCGAGUGCAAUGUCACCCGAGUGUGAAGGCUUUCUACAAGUCUUUGCACGAAUCAAGACGCUCCGACAGUCAGGAAGAAGAUUUCUUGGAUGCAAGGGAUUUCUUUCCUUUUCCAGACUCCAUCGAGUUUAUUUCUGGAGCCAGUCCCUCACCCGAGCCAUCCCCCAGCGAAUCCGUGUUCCUCUACAAAAGAAGAAGUUCCAACGAAGACGUACUCUCUGACGAGGACGCACUCUCUCGAGAACGCCUGACCUCCUUCGUACAGGGGGCGGAUAUAAUCCCAGAUCUGAUUUCCAGUGACCGGGUUAAAUCGCUGUGUUUGAAGAAAGCCACAACGAUAAACCCUCUUGACGGCCGAACAUUUAUUGGAUGGGAUUCUAAGUCUCAUUCAGACAGCAAAUUACACAUCGAUCCUCUGUUGGGCGGAUCAUCUCCCACAGUAUCGGAGGAUUUGCUAGAUGACGCCCAACUAAUAUCCGUGGUAGAAGAGGUUGAAAGGUCGCAGGGUGAACAACCGCUCAGUCAAUCAGUGCAUGUCGAUCAACUGGAUCAAAGAGAAAUGAAAGGUGACAGAUCUAACUUGAAAUCCCCAGGCCAAAACCAACCAACUCCUGAAACACCAGAAAAUAGCGAAGAUACACCCUCUCCGAUACCGAAACGGAAAAAUCAACCCAAAGCAGAAAUACAAAUGACGGACCUUCAAUCAUUUAUACUAUCACGACCGCUGACCAAGUCCCAUGACCGCCUUAUGCCUACGAUGCAUGAAAUAGACAAUAAUCGAAAUGGAAAAUCGACACCAUUUACUACCGGCACAAAUCUUUGGAUCCCCACAAGGCACAUGAUUGACGACCCACCUAGCUUACCGGGCCCCGCUAUCAACAAAGAUCGAUCAAUCUCCCGAGUUAAAGCAACUAAAAACAAUCAAUGUAUAGAAACUCUACUGUUGUCUAGAGGCCAACAUCAAAUGAGCUCUGAAAUACAAACCAUUGUCGAAAACCAACUAGACAUACCCCUUCCAAUCAAAAAAACUCAAGCCAAAAGAAAAUUGAGCGAGUAUGAGGGGAUUGCGCUUUCAGAUGACAAACCCUUCAGCAAACGAGCCAAUACCACCCCGAAAAAUCCACUGCCGUGCAAAGAUGAGGCCGACUAUCGUCAGAGCUCAUGUCCCACUAACUUGAUACCUGGGCCGUCCAAUUUCGACCGAGCGAAUCCUGGUUCUUUUUGUUUUAAGAACGGCCGCUCCGACUUGCCGGGACACGCGAAUUCUGACAUUACCAUUAUGUCCAUCAACCAUCAAAGCCGUAGCAAUGUGGAUUCGAAGCCGAACCGUAAUCAAGAUGAUACAAUUGCCAUAGAAAGCGAUCCACAGACCCCUUUUGUCGAACAAGAUUUUGCCAAGACGAUGCUGAAUGACUUCACCAGACGAAUUCAAAAUUCGAUCUUCAGAUUAAAUAAAUCACUUCUCGAUUUACCGCCCGGUCAUUACGCUCGAGAGUUUGAUCUUGAUAGUGUUGAGGAACAUGUUAGGAUGUUAGUUGCACAAAACUUCUACAAUCCACAUCUCGACAACGGGGCUGCUCCAACAGUCAAUGAACCUCCGUCGAGAGGAAUCGGCCAUACCCCAAAUCUCGAGGCCACAGUAGUCAAAGAAGAUGACUUGCUUAGUAAAGAAAAUAACCCCAACACUGAUGAGACUCUUACCAACACAAAAGAUACCACCCAACUGGAUAGGAAAGCGAAUCACAAUCCUUUACUCGAGAAUGACAUAAUUGACGAUGUAUUUCGACAAAUCCCUCCAGAUUUUCAAUAUAGCUCUUUCCACUUUCCGUUCUAG